AUGGAGGCAGAGGCGGACGUGCGGUUGCCUUUGUAUCGCGGCACAACGGGCAGCAUGGGUCGUCAAGGCUGCGCCUUGGCCGUCAAGGCCAUGGAGCUGAGCCGCGAUCGACCGCGGCAUCCGCUUCACUUCCUGACGCCGCUCGUCGCCCGAAGCCAAGCAGCUGGUCACAGCUUCCUCUUGCACGUGAACUGUGAAGCUGACCAGUUCCAAUUCCCGGCACAUCAGUCGUCAGCCAAUCGGUACACCCGCCUGCGGUGGCACCAAACAGCUCACAAGCGGUUUCGCCUCAGGAAAUUUGGAGACACCGUGAGCUCCGUGUUGCUGACUCUCUAUCCACAGGUGGGCUCCGACAGCUUCUUAUCCGCCUGCCGCCUGACCCACGGCGAUGGGCACAGCGAGGCGCCUCUGGAGCCCACGGUGCCCGAGAUGACGGGGUCGGCGCCGGCCGUGGGGUGCCGGGAGAUUGCCACGCCCCUGCGUGGAGCGGGGCAAAGGUGGUCUCUGCCUCCGAUGCUGGAUUCACUUUUGCCGGACGAAGCAAGGGUUGAGGAUGAGCCCAGUCGGGUUCAGAGGCAGCCUCCCCAGAACGCCCCAGACGUUCUUCGAUGCGCCAGCCUUCCCUACUUUCUGCACCUGGUGCUUUGGGCCCAUCCUUGCCAGAUGAAGUUCUGCACAGAUAUGAUGGGGACCAUCGCGGGGACUCUCAGCCCAGAGCUGUUUCAAGCUCAGUUCAUGCAGAGCAUGAGCAUGGGGUUUCUCCUGGACAAAGAAGUUCUGGGCAGAGGCGUGCUUCUCUACCUCCUAUGGCCACCGUCAGUCCGGAAGAACAUGGUGAAAGAUCAGGGAAUCACAGCUCGAGACGAAGGUCUUGGUCACCUUCUGCAGCCGAACACGGCCAUGCUCCCCAUGCUGCCAAUGCUUCCCAUGCUGAGGAAUCUUUGCACGCUGUCACUGGCCGGUCGCGGGCAGCAACAGAUGCAGCUGUAUUUGCUGCAGCUUCGGGUGAACAGCGUGGGGAAUCAUGCGAAGAGGGCCGAAGGUGUUCUUCGAUGCGCCAGCCUUCCCUACUUUCUGCACCUGGUGCUUUGGGCUCAUCCUUGCCAGAUGAAGUUCUGCACAGAUAUGAUGGGGACCAUCGCGGGGACUCUCAGCCCAGAGCUGUUUCAAGCUCAGUUCAUGCAGAGCAUGAGCAUGGGGUUUCUCCUGGACAAAGAAGUUCUGGGCAGAGGCGUGCUUCUCUACCUCCUAUGGCCACCGUCAGUCCGGAAGAACAUGGUGAGAGAUCAGGGAAUCACAGCUCGAGACGAAGGUCUUGGUCACCUUCUGCAGCCGAACACGGCCAUGCUCCCCAUGCUGCCAAUGCUUCCCAUGCUGAGGAAUCUUUGCACGCUGUCACUGGCCGGUCGCGGGCAGCAACAGAUGCAGCUGUGUUUGCUGCAGCUUCGGGUGAACAGCGUGGGGAAUCAUGCGAAGAGGGCCGAAGGUGUUCUUCGAUGCGCCAGCCUUCCCUACUUUCUGCACCUGGUGCUUUGGGCUCAUCCUUGCCAGAUGAAGUUCUGCACAGGUAUGAUGGGGACCAUCGCGGGGACUCUCAGCCUAGAGCUGUUUCAAGCUCAGUUCACGCAGAGCAUGAGCAUGGGGUUUCUCCUGGACAAAGAAGUUCUGGGCAGAGGCGUGCUUCUCUACCUCCUAUGGCCACCGUCAGUCCGGAAGAACAUGGUGAAAGAUCAGGGAAUCACAGCUCGAGACGAAGGUCUUGGUCACCUUCUGCAGCCGAACACGGCCAUGCUCCCCAUGCUGCCAAUGCUUCCCAUGCUGAGGAAUCUUUGCACGCUGUCACUGGCCGGUCGCGGGCAGCAACAGAUGCAGCUGUAUUUGCUGCAGCUUCGGGUGAACAGCGUGGGGAAUCAUGCGAAGAGGGCCGAAGGUGUUCUUCGAUGCGCCAGCCUUCCCUACUUUCUGCACCUGGUGCUUUGGGCUCAUCCUUGCCAGAUGAAGUUCUGCACAGAUAUCAUGGGGAUCAUCAGUCGCGGCAAGUUUCUCAAGCGACAGAUGUUGCUGGUGUUUCUCGUGGAGAUUCUCGGGAGUGGCUCCGCUUGUGCUGAAGUGGCCGGGGAUUCAGCUUCAGGCACGAUCAUCAUGGAUUCAGGCAGUUUCGGCAUUGGCGAAUUGACUGCCGCGCUGGCACGGCAGGACGAACUGGAAUUGGAACUGAUGGCAAGUCAGCUGGGGCAUGAUGAAGCCAUACUAAGGGCCGAAAGUCCCAUAUUCCACAGCACGGGCACCUUCGAUGCGCCCAUUGCCGCUUUCUUCGAGGAGCUCGAGACGUGGCAGCGCCAGGCCACGGAGCUCUUGGAUCCAGCGAAGGUACAGCAGGAGUUGCGCCUCACGCGGGACAAGUUGGAGGAGCUCCAGAGUCUCCGCGCCUCCGUUGCGCAGCAGCGCAGACAUUUGGCGGAACGCAACGCGGAUGUGGCACGCGCCAAGGAUCGACUGCGAGAGGAACUCCAACACAACUCCUCCAAAGGAGGAUGUCGUAUUUCCUAG